GCUGGUCUUGGACCUUGGCCCUCGCCUUCCAGGAUGGGUAGGGUGGAAGACGGGGGAACAACUGAGGAGCUGGAGGACUGGGACCCAGGCACCAGUGCCCUGCCAGCUCCUGGGAUCAAGCAGGGUCCCAGGGAACAGACAGGCACGGGGCCCCUGUCCCAAAAGUGCUGGGAGCCUGAGCCUGAUGCUCCCAGCCAGCCUGGCCCAGCCCUUUGGUCCAGGGGUCGGGCCCGCACUCAGGCCUUGGCCGGCGGCUCCUCACUGCAGCAGCUGGACCCCGAGAACACAGGCUUCAUCGGUGCGGACACCUUCGCUGGCCUGGUGCACAGCCAUGAGCUGCCCCUGGACCCGGCCAAGCUGGACAUGCUGGUGGCCCUGGCUCAGAGCAACGAGCAGGGCCAGGUCUGCUACCAGGAGCUGGUGGACCUGGUCAGUGCCACGGUGGGCAGGCGGCAGGGGCAUGGUGUCCUGGCCAGAGGAGGCAGGCAGGCAGCUCCUCACGGCGGUGGGUGGGGGGCUUGUGGAGGCGGGGAGCUGGGUGAGCGUCACAGGCAGGGGUGCCAUGGGGAGGUCCGUGGCCCACACUCAGGCCCCUGCCCCCAGAUCAGCAGCAAGCGCUCCAGCAGUUUCAAGCGGGCCAUUGCUAAUGGACAGCGGGCACUGCCCCGGGACGGGCUGCUGGAUGAGCCAGGCCUAGGUGUCUACAAGCGGUUUGUGCGUUACGUGGCCUACGAGAUCCUGCCUUGUGAGGUGGACCGCCGCUGGUACUUCUACCGUCACCGCAGCUGCCCACCCCCCGUGUUCAUGGCCUCGGUCACUCUUGCCCAGAUCAUCGUGUUCCUGUGUUACGGGGCCCGCCUCAACAAGUGGGUGCUGCAGACCUACCACCCCGAGUACAUGAAGAGCCCCCUUGUGUACCACCCCGGGCACCGUGCCCGCGCCUGGCGCUUCCUCACCUACAUGUUCAUGCACGUUGGGCUGGAGCAGCUGGGGUUCAACGCCCUCCUGCAGCUGAUGAUCGGGGUGCCCCUGGAGAUGGUGCACGGCCUGCUCCGCAUCAGCCUGCUCUACCUGGCAGGCGUGCUGGCAGGCUCCCUAACCGUCUCCAUCACCGACAUGCGGGCCCCGGUGGUGGGAGGCUCCGGCGGGGUCUACGCCCUGUGCUCGGCACACCUGGCCAACGUUGUCAUGGUAACGGGCCUGCCCGGUGGGGGGCGUGGGGAGGGGCCCCAGGUGAGCCUCACCACUUCUCAUCUGCACACACCCAUAGAACUGGGCUGGGAUGAGAUGUCCCUACAAGUUGCUGAGGAUGGUGCUGGCCUUGGUGUGCAUGAGCUCCGAGGUGGGCCGGGCCGUGUGGCUGCGCUUCUCCCCGCCGCUGCCCGCCUCGGGCCCCCAGCCCAGCUUCAUGGCGCACCUGGCAGGCGCGGUGGUGGGGGUGAGCAUGGGCCUGACCAUCCUGCGGAGCUACGAGGAGCGCCUGCGGGACCAGUGCGGCUGGUGGGUGGUGCUGCUGGCCUACGGCACCUUCCUGCUCUUCGCCGUCUUCUGGAACGUCUUCGCCUACGACCUGCUGGGCGCCCACAUCCCCCCACCGCCCUGACCGGCUACCUGAGGCUGCACAGGCCAGGGCUCGGGCAUGUGGUGGCUGCCCACCAGGGGCCUUCACGUCUGCCCUUUGUGAACGGACGUCUCAGGGCUGCUAUGCCCCUUGGGUGUGGGUGGCCUCAAAGGAGACCCUGUCCCAGCCACCCACCCCCCACUCCCAGGACUUGCGGUCUGAGCCUUUUUGGAUAAUUAAUAAAUAUUUUACACAGCA